GACGAUUUUCCCGCAGCUCUGAAGUGAGAGCAGUAGAGCCACCGCAAAAACCCCGCUAGCGGCGGCGAACGGAGCCAAAAAGGAUCUCUGCAACACCGGAAAAUGCUCGUGACACAAAAUACAUGCAAAAAUAAAGUUGUGCUCUGAUUGUCUGGUUCUGUUCCUGGUUGCCUGGGUUGAGCUUUGAAAUUCUGAUUGUAUCACUUGAAUUAGUACUUUACAACGAUGCCAGCGCUAACGGGGUUGAAAAACACUAGGGUUCAGAAGAAACUGAAAGUUUCAACUGGUAAAUCGAAGGCCAGUAAUGGCAGUGUUGUUACCAGCACUUCAAAGAAAACAAGUGUUACGGAAGGUAAGAAAACUGGAAGUAGGGUAAGAAAACCAGUUGAUAUCUCUUGCAAGGGUGAGAUUACGCCUGGAAAGAUAGGUAGGAAGGAAAUAUUGAGGGUUGAGGAGGAUGGUCAUAUCAAGUCAUUGUCUUCUGGUGGCAAAAGGAAGAGAAUUUCUGCUGAUCGAAGUACGGAUGAGGAAAGAGCAUUGGAUGCCAAUAUGGGGUUACAGAACAGAAAGUCUUUAUCUAAGCUAGGCAGGAAUAAGCUUAAGCUUGAGACGCAUACAGGAAAGCAAAGAGAAAAUGAGGAUUAUCAUGUCUCUGGGCGGUCUAGUAGGAGAGAUUCAUCGCCAAGAGGAAGGAAAUCCCAGGAAGGUGAGUUCCUUGAUGAGAAAAAAUCAAGAGCUAAAUCUAAGAAUGUAAGGAAAGGUAAUAGCAUUGGGGAUUCCAUGACUAAUGACAAUGCCAAAAGCAGAUCUGAAGUGAGAACAAAUUCAAAUAAGAAAGAAAAUGAGCAAAAAGUUGAGUAUCUCAAGAAAUCUCUUAAGACAAAGCCCAAGGACAAAAAGGGGUUGACUGAUAAUGUAGACAUAACAGAGCGGCCGAAGAAGAAAAAGAAAGGAAUCCGCAUUGAUCCUCAUGAUAUCUCAAACAAGAGACUGGAUGAUGCCACAUCUAUGAAUGAUAAUAAUAAUAAUAAUAAACAGAAGAAAGAAGACAUAGAGCAAAAGAGUAAUGCUGAAAUGUCAAAGAAUGCACAGUUUCGUGCUAUAUGCCCUAGCCCUUCCAUCCUUUCCUUUGUGGAAGAGAAUUUAUUGGGUCGUAGGCGUGAAAUUGUGUUUAGAAGGGCAGGCUACAAUGUGGAGCUUUCUGCCCCUUUAGAUAAUAUACCAAUGUCAACAAGCUCAGAAAGGGAACGGAUUGAAGAACCGGUAUUCAGGAAUAAAUUAACUUUUUUUGCUGCUGCAAAAAUCUCUUCAUCUUUUCCCCCGCCAGAUCUUCCAGAAAUUGCAUUUGCAGGAAGAUCAAACGUAGGGAAGUCAUCUCUGCUGAAUGCAUUGACAAGACAAUGGGGUGUCGUACGGACAUCAGAUAAGCCUGGAUUGACUCAAACAAUUAAUUUCUUCAAACUUGGCCAAAAGCUCUGCUUGGUUGAUUUGCCUGGAUAUGGUUUUGCUUAUGCAAAAGAAGACGUGAAGGAAGCUUGGGAGGAGCUUGUGAAAGAGUAUGUCUCUACAAGGAUUGGUCUAAAGAGAGUAUGCCUUCUCAUUGAUACUAAAUGGGGUAUGAAGGCAAGGGAUCAUGAACUUGUUGAAUUGAUGGAAAGAUAUCAAACAAAAUACCAGAUUAUUUUAACCAAGACUGAUACUGUAUUCCCUAUUGAUGUUGCACGCCGUGCAAUGCAAAUUGAAGAGAACCUCAAGGCAAACAAGUCUGUGGUUCAACCUCUGAUGAUGGUCAGCUCAAAAUCUGGGGCUGGUAUCAGAAGUUUACGAACUGUGCUUACUAAAAUUGCUCGGUUUGUAAAACCAUAGAAAGAAUGUCACAGGUUUUUACUCACCCUUCCAAAAGGGAUGCUCCAUUUUACAGAUUCCGAAAGUUUCGAGUGAUCUCUGAAGGGAAAGGGCUAGCGUAUCAACAUCCAACCAACAUCUUCCAGCAGCAGCAGUGCGAUGAAUAUACGGUGAACUGCAACAAUCAUCCUCCCAUGCUCUGUGGGAUAUCUGAUUAUCAAUUUGGUUAUGGCUACCAAUUUUUUUAGUUAGGGAAGUAUUGAUCAAUUCUUGAUGCUUCACAUCCUGUUUUCUGGUCCUUGGCUGGCCGGAGACAAGUGGUAUCUUACCUGGGUUGGGUAUAUACCAUUUCUCUCUGUAUUAGUAUCUCGAAACUUUGUACGGAGUAAUAUUUAUGAAAAUGAUCUCGCUCAUUUUUACUUGA